GUAUGAUUUAUUCCUGUGAAAAAGAGUAUUACUUUCUUCUCUGUGUAAAUCGAUGGUUAGAUUUUCUGAUUCAUUUCAAACGGUAUUUUGACUAAACGUUAAAGUACUUAUAUUUUCCAUUGGUUACGAAUAACAUAUAUAACUUAAGAAGCUUAUACGCUGAUGAAAUAGUUGCAUAAUAGGGGCAGUGUUUUCUUAUUGCGUUUGUAGUUCAUAUUUUGUCCAUACCUGUCGCUGAAGUCACACACGUUUCGAGCGAAAAAUGUGCAUAUGAAAGCUAUAAUUUCUGAGAUAAUUACUAAUAAAAGGUUAUGUUUUAUAGAAUGACAUUAUAAAUAUACGUCUUUAUAAGUUUUUAUAACGCAAUGUUAUAAUAAAUAUGUUAAAAUGGAAAAGCCCUGUCGAACAUGCACUGACUUUAAAACAUGGGUAAAGUUACAGCAGCAAACUUUUGAUUCAGGAAAGAAUGAUGCUCAAAAGCAGCAAUCAAAUAAUAUUAAUACAAACAUUACUACCACUCAACGUGAUGAUUGUCCGUUAACUAGAGAUGAAGUAGGUUCAAAAACAUGGGCAUUUUUACAUACAAUGGCAGCCCGUUAUCCUGAUCAUCCAAGUGAAGAGCAAAAAAGUGAUAUGAAAAAUUUCAUGUAUAUAUUUUCUAAGUUUUAUCCCUGCCACACCUGUGCAGAAGAUUUUCAAGAACAAUUAAAAGAUAUGCCACCACAAACUGACUCGCAGAAAGUUUUGAGUCAAUGGUUAUGUGCUGUUCAUAAUGAGGUAAACAAAAAGUUAGGUAAACCAAAGUUUGAUUGCAACUUAGUUGACCAAAGAUGGAGAGAUGGAUGGUUAGAUGGUUCAUGUAAUUGAAUUAAAAAAAAGACUCAUAAACAGCAAGCAUUUUCUUUACUGAAAUGAAUAAUAGAUUUAUCUUGAAGUUGUAAAUACAUGAAUAAAUACCUACAAAGAUAUUGGUAGGCAAUACAGAAACCUCAAAGAUAUAUUCGCAGUUACACAAGAUUAUAUAAAUGUCUGUUUAUAUGGAUUUAAUACAAUAUACAAUUUUAUGAACACUAUUUUUAGGUAAAUAAUAAUUUUAAGGAUAUAUGCAUGCUAGAGAUCUUUUAAGAUAAAACCAUUCUAAAAGCAUAAUAAUGAUAUAAAUAUUAUUUACACCUCAUAGAAAUUUUAUCCAUCAUUUCGUACAUUUUUACAUAUUGCUCUUAAGAAUAAGAGGAAGAAAUAACAAUUAUGAGAUUGUGAAUGCUGAAACUACUUUUCGGAAUCGAGGUUCAUAACUGUGAUUUUGUCCAUUACCACCAACUGGAACUACUUGGCAUGUUCUAAUGUGAAAUGGAAAACGCGAAUUUGCAAUAGUAGGCCGUGUAACAUAAAGAAAUGUUGCAUGUCCCACAAGAACAAUCCAAAGAGAGCAUCCUCUUACAACACUCUCCCUUAUCCAUUUGUCUACAAGCACAGUAAUACAUAGUACCUGUGAAAUCAACAAAAGCAUCUUUGUAUUUUUUAUGUAUACAGCAAAGCAUGUCUAUGGAAUUCUUAAGCAUGUAAUUAGUCAGCAUUAUAUAUAUAUAUAUAUAUAUAUUUAUUAUUUUCUUAUGUGUUUGCAUAAGUUUAAUUAAGUACCGUCAAUGGAUGACAUAGAAACCAUGCUGAUCCUAAAGAAAGUAGAGACCCGUAAAAAUGGACCUUCUUUGUCAUUUUCUUAGUUGUUUUAAAACAACGAAGAACGAAUACAAUCCAUGCAAUCAAUUUCAAUGCUACUAGUCCGUAACCUGGUGGUGAUUCAUAGAUAUAAAGGACUAAACCAGGAUCAAAGAUUUCAAAUUGAUACAUAUACAAUGCCAGCUGACAAGCUGCACUAAGACAAAUGAAAUAUGUGAGCCAUCGAAUUUGUUUAGGUGUUAAUGCACUUUUAGUGAUAGUAUAGCCGAAUGCUAACAGUAGCAUAAGCACUGUAUAUAAAGUUUCUGAACAUGCUUCUAAAAGAUGACCUACUAAAGAAGCACUAGUUAUAAAAACUCCUUUCAGUGCAAGGUUAAAAUAACUGUAAAUUUCUAAUAAAAUGCCUAUUAAUUGACAUAGAAGAGAACCCAUGAAUAAUUUAUAUGAAACAUGUAGGAGUCUUCUUGAGCGUAAUUGUACAGCUACAUAAAAGCUUAAUAUGAGAAGUACUACAUAAAUGCAAGCUGCUAUUAGUAAUUCUGGUAGUAUAUCUGUAAUUGAAAAAAUAUUCAUUAAAAAUAAUAUAUUACUAUAUUAAGUAAGUAAAAAUUUAGUAAUAAAAGUAAAAAUUUUUACAGAAAAAAUACUUGCAAAAUUCAUCUGCAGAAAAGUGUUCUUUCCAUAUGUUACCUGGAGAUGCAUUUGUUAAUGAAAUCCAAUAUGUAACAUUUAAACCUGUUUUAGUAGAACAAUCUGAUAAUACGAUGAACCACCAUGUUGGUCUGGAUGAUUGAAAUCUUCUGUAGCUAUUGCAAUGUAGUGCUGAAUUAUUUUUUACAACACAUCCAGAUAUGGCUGAUGUCAAUGUAGACAAUUGUAUUAUCUGACCAUUUUCUACGCUUAAAAUAGAUUUUUUUUCUUCGCAUGUUUUGUUUGAAGGAUACACGCUAGACCAUUGAUGAGGUGCAUCAUAAUACAGUAAAAGAUUUAGAGAACUGUUCUCACUCUCAAUGUUUAAAUCAUACCGAAAUGUGCCUUGUUGUGUGAGAAAACAAAAUCUUGCAAGGAAGGCCCAAUUCUGUAAAA